AUGGCGGACCGUGAGAAAGAUCAGGAGGCUCAGACUAGAUCUGAGUCUGAGGAGAAGGAGUUGAGAGAGAGACCCAAGGUCAAACUGCCUCUUGUGCCCACCGUCCCUGGCAAUGCUUGGUCGCAGAUGAGGGCUCGUGAGCAAGAACAUAUUCGUGAAAGGGAGCUGUAUAAGCUGGAGUUUGGUGAGUUGGGGUAUGAUCCUAACACCGUGAUAACCCGUCCAACCGCGUCCUAUUCUUCUUCAAGACCCAGUACGAUGAGAAAAUCAUCUGGACUGGACUACGACGAGGCACUCGCUCUCCCGAUGCCUAAGCCCCGUCUUAUGGCUGUUAGCAGUUCUGCUCCUGCACUUGAGCCGACAGUUUCAAAGCCGAAUGUUCUCACAAAAUUGGGUGGUUUGAAGAGACAGGGCGCCACGGAGCCCCAUCCUGGUGAUAAGGGUGCGGGUACAAAGGUCGAAGGUGAAAAGAAAAAGUCCAUGAUCGCGACGCUGAGAUCCAAACUCAGCUUCAAGGAGCUUGGGAAGGAGUUUCGUAAGGCUCAAGACCCUCCACAUAGCGCUAUGCCUCAACUGCCACCGAGCAUUGGAUUUCCACAGGUUGAGAAGACUAAACAAUCGCCGCCUGGGUCUUUUGACUUCGAUGAGGAAAGACUAUAUGUCCCCAAGCCCAGAGAUCCUGAAGUGCACCCUGCAUCUGCUCCAGUCCAGACCACUAGGUUUUCGGACUCAGGUAGCUUCGAGAGCUCCCCACAGAGCGCCACAUCCUGCCCUGCACAGCAGACUAAGGGUGAUGACGGGCUUGAUGCAGAAACUCUUAAAGACAAAGAGGAACAACAUCGGCCUCAUCACAAAGUAGGAAAUGUAGAGCCCAUGACACGCCUUGACACUGUCUUGAUUGACGGCUCGUCUCCUCCAGCCAGCACAGGCGAUACCAGCAGGGGCCAUCCAGCGGUUGUCGAUGCGGAACGACGCUAUAUCAGUAUGAAUGUGGAGAACGAACCAUCAGUUCCCUCUCAGCCAAAAAUUGAUGCCACCUCUACCGACAGUCCAGCUUCGUACAAGCCAUCGACGUCCAACGCGCCAGAAGGCAUUGCACCGGUGUCCUCAUCGUGCGAACGCAAACAGAGCACGAUGGAGAAAAAUCGUCCGCUAGUCGUCUCAUCGGAUCAGCAGAGGCCACUGUCUGUCAAAAUACAGGACCAAACUGAAGGAACUACUCCGUCCGGACAGAACAGCAGGCGCUCAUCUACUAGAUCACGGGAGCAUAUGGCCUCAAGUCCUGGACAGGCUGAACCUGACUUCGACCCAACACAUAUGAGGAUGUCCUUCGAUUCUCAACUCCCUAUGGACGAUCCUCGUUUCUACUCUGGCGUGACGACUCACGGAGGCUAUGCUCCUCCUCCACCGCACCCGGGCUACCAAAACACAGUAACCCUAGAGCAGCAAAUAUCCACCUACAUGGAUUCGCUUCACAUCCACGUUGAUGGUACGGCCAACAAGCUUGCCCGGUCAUUCGAAAACACAAAUAACUGGUCAACGGAUCAAAUCCUGAGGCACACAGGACAUCUGUCCGAUCUUAUGCGCAAGCUCAAUAACCGAGUGAUGAGCGACACUGAAGUGACGAGGGAGCUGCAGAGGGUCACGAUGGAAGUGAAGAUUCAAGUCGGCGCUAUACAGCGCGAGCAGCGUCAUAUGGAAGACAGGAUGACACAGCUCUUCCAGAGUGAGUACAACAAGCUGAAGGGCGAGAUCAACGCGUUGGCUUCGACCGUAAGGUCCAACCUCCCCCACAACCCGGCACAGGAUGCAAGAUUCAUGAAUACCAGGUUGCAGGGGAGUCCAGACUUCACCAAAGGGAGUAAAGACAAUGAAAGGCCACAGCAGUUCAGGAAGAUGAAGUCUCGUCAGAUGAGGAGGGAAGAUGUGGUGACAAAGAAAACAGAGAGCAGAGGGGGGGAAGAACACAACUGUGAAUCUGUCGCACUGAACAAACACGCCGAGGAACACACGCUUACUGAUGAUGUUCCAACACCUAUGGCAGCCUUCCCCACUCCAAGUUCCCAUGGCGAUGACUGGAAGAAUCACUUCACUGAGUCUCACCCCAGAAGACUCAUCCUGAAAGACCCUAGCAAAAUAUCCAUUGGGAGUCCAGAACCUCUACUCAGCAGCUCCACUAAAGGCAAGGAAAGAGCCACUAGCAGCCAAACUCUUGUUCACAAAGCAAGUGCUGAGAUCAUGAAGUUCCCAGCUAAGAUGGGCCUUUUCUAUCCUUUCCGUCGUGGCCGUGAUCGACGUAGCAGCGAAAGCAAAACUGCGAGCCACUCCUUGCCCCCUACCAAGCGCAGCGAAGAUGAUAAAACUUCUGAGGAGCGAGAGUCCAGGAAGCAAGAACCACUUCCAUUUACACCCCCUAUGCAGACAAGCGCCAUUGCUAGUACUGCGGCAGAGCAUCGCCAAGUGGAAGUUAGCCCCAGCAGAGUCCAUCCUGCCCUGCGCAACCCUGCCCAGCAGCAGAUCAUGGCUGAACGUGAGCGCCUCAAUAGCCAAGAUACUAUGACACCCAGGCAGCUCCUACGAUCCUCCAGAUCCUUUCAGGACUUGACUUCUCGCUCCAGAAAUGCUGCAUCGUUUGAUUGGAUUGAUAGCUCGACUGAAAGUCCUUCGAAGUCCACAAGUCGCAGGCAGAACCAGCAGGAUCUUGCUAUGGGAUUCCCUGCUCUUUCAACAGCUUCGCGCCACCCAUCUUCUACAAAAGAUUCAUCGUUGACAGCUUUCGCCGAAGCACGGAUGUCUCAGGCUUCAGAUGUUUCGUUUAGUUAUCGUGGCCCAACCCCUCCUCCCAGAGAGUCUGAAGCGAGCGAGCCGAGCCUACCAAUCUGGUACCAGGCAGCCUAUGCAUACAAGUCCAUCGAGAAACCAGAAGACGAUUAA